AUGCAGAUCUUCGUCAAGACCCUCACAGGCAAGACUAUCACCCUCGAGGUGGAGUCUUCUGACACCAUCGACAACGUCAAGUCCAAGAUCCAGGACAAAGAGGGCAUUCCACCUGACCAGCAGCGUUUGAUCUUCGCUGGAAAGCAACUCGAGGAUGGCCGCACCCUCUCUGACUACAACAUUCAGAAAGAAUCUACUCUCCACCUCGUCCUCCGUCUCCGUGGUGGUAUGCAGAUUUUCGUCAAGACCCUCACUGGCAAGACUAUCACCCUCGAGGUGGAGUCUUCAGACACCAUCGACAACGUGAAGUCAAAGAUUCAAGACAAAGAGGGCAUUCCACCUGACCAGCAGCGUUUGAUCUUCGCUGGAAAGCAGCUUGAAGAUGGCCGCACUUUAUCCGACUACAACAUUCAGAAAGAAUCCACUCUUCAUCUCGUCCUUCGUCUCCGUGGUGGUAUGCAGAUCUUCGUUAAGACUCUUACUGGAAAGACCAUCACAUUGGAGGUCGAAUCAUCAGAUACCAUCGACAACGUGAAGUCAAAGAUUCAAGAUAAGGAGGGCAUUCCCCCCGACCAGCAGCGUUUGAUCUUCGCUGGUAAGCAGCUUGAAGAUGGCCGCACUUUAUCCGACUACAACAUUCAGAAAGAAUCCACGCUUCACCUUGUCCUCCGUCUCCGUGGUGGUAUGCAGAUCUUCGUUAAGACUCUUACUGGCAAGACGAUCACAUUGGAGGUCGAAUCUUCAGACACCAUCGAUAACGUCAAGUCCAAGAUUCAGGAUAAAGAAGGCAUUCCUCCAGACCAGCAGCGACUGAUCUUUGCUGUGUCUAGGACAUAUCUCCGUAAACCAUGCGUCGGGAUGCCCUCAUACUUUUACCAUAUAACGCUUGAGCUAUUGACCUCAUCCUCUGGUAUCACAAACGACUACGAUUCCGCACGAUUGCGGUCGGACCAAACUCUCGCAAACGACGCUGUGCGCGAAGCUUUCCUACCCUUCCAACGCCAUCUUUCCAAACUGAAACCACCCUCUCAUGAUUGUCGCCGCCGUCAUCCUGAUUCGAUAGAUGCGCUUUGGGAUAAUAAUUAUACCACGGUCGGUGGUGGUAGUACUUCGUCAUUGAAUGGUAUUACCGGCGGCCAGCAGCAGGAGGAGCCCCGCUCUGCUACAAAUUCGAGCAGUUCAAAAGUCUCCCAUGUAGACAUUGAGUCGGAUUUGAGAUUUGGUCGAAUUUCUAUCCAGGGCGUCGAUAUGAUUGCUCUCGCGCAAGACAGCAAUAGCAGAAGCAGCAACAACACCGUUCAGUCGAAACGAUCCGGAUACGACAAUGCCACAGCUGUUCGGGAUGACAUGGACGUUAUUACAACUGGGAUAGGUACUGAUAUAUUGGGCGGGCUUCAUACGCGAGGCAAAUAUAUUCCGCUCGAUCAGACAUUGACCGAGAGUGUAUUUGGCAUUGUGCAUUUGUACAGGGACGCCAAGGAAACGCCUUCUCUUACUGUUGAUGAUUCUCCGCUAUAUUUGAAAGGCUCUUCUGCCGCUGCUCGACGACCACCGAAUGAUCAAUCCAUUGGCAGUGCAGAUAGUAGGGUACAGUUGGGAAAUAGCAGCAGUCGCAGCCGCAGCCGCAAUGACACUGACUUCUUCUCGCCGUCUCAUGUGGAUUCACUUGAUAAUGAGGAGUGCUCGACAUUAUGCGUACUGGCUGUACCGUCCUAUCUCUCACCAGCAGAUUUUCUCGGCUUUGUUGGCGAAGCCACGAGGGAUCAAGUCAGUCAUUUCCGCAUGAUAAAGACUGCGAGGGCGAACCGCUAUAUGGUUUUGAUGAAGUUCAGAAAUGGAAAGAAAGCCCGCGAGUGGCAGAGAGAGUGGAAUGGAAAAGUUUUUAAUAGCAUGGAGCCCGAGACUUGCCAUGUCGUUUUUGUCAAAUCAGUUGAGAUUGAAGCUGCGCGGCCACGUGAGAUGUCUGAUACUUCUGAUCAUUCUUCUGCAUUAUCACUGAAUCCUACGAGAUCUCUGGGGGCUGCCAAUAACACGUCUUCUGGUCUCUCAUCAGCAUCGCUGUCGUUAAGACCAUUGGCUCCCCCUACUCCGUCUCUCGUUGAACUUCCUACCUGCCCAGUUUGUCUGGAGCGCAUGGACGAAACAACCGGCCUACUAACCAUCAUCUGCCAACAUGUUUUUCACUGCACUUGUCUCCAGAAAUGGAAAGGAAGCGGAUGUCCCGUUUGCAGAUAUACACUAGACGACUUUGCUCGUCGCAGUCAGACAGGAAUAAUGGGCGAAGGGCCAGCUGAAUGUAGCGUGUGCCAUUCUGAGCUCAAUCUCUGGAUAUGUCUUAUCUGCGGUAGUAUUGGUUGCGGAAGAUACGACGAGGCACACGCCUUUGCACAUUUCAAGGAAACAUCACAUGCCUUCGCUCUAGAUCUAUCAACUCAGCGGGUUUGGGACUAUGUGAGCGAUGCAUAUGUCCAUCGUAUCAUCCAAAGCAAGACGGACGGCAAAUUAGUCGAACUCCCUGCAGCGGACAACUCUGCACUAGAUCCACCAGACUGGACAGACGCCGUUCCUCGCGAGAAACUCGAAAACAUUAGCGUGGAAUAUACGCAUCUCCUCACUAGCCAGCUGGAGAGCCAGCGUUCCUAUUUCGAGGAAAUUGUCGAACGAGCAGCAGACAAGGCCUCCAAGGCCAGCGCGGGCGCAUCAGCAGCCUUAGAAGCAGCCGAAAAGGCUACCCAGCAACUGAAGGAAUUGCAACAACGUUACGAUACCUUAUCUAAAGAUAACGUGCCGGGUCUUGAAAAGGACAAGGAUCGUGCCGAGCGUCGAGCGGAGAAAUUCGAAACUAUGGCUCGCAAAUUGGAAAAGGAAUGGCGCGAAGAAAAGGCUAUGAACGAAAACCUAGUCAAACGGGUUGAACUCUUAAGCGAGGAAGUUGCAAAACUGAAAGCAGAGAAUGCAGAUUUGAGUGAACAGAAUCGUGACCUGACCUUUUUCAUCAGUGGAUCUGAGAGAUUGAAGGAUCAGGGCGAGGAUGUUGUUGAGGGCACGAUUAGUGUUCCGGAGCAGAGUUCUUCGAAGAAAAAUAAGGGAAAAGGGAGACGGAGGUGA